UUUUGGUCGAAUGGACGAGAUUGACUUGGAGCUCACAGAUGCUGUCAGCCGAGGCGAUGCUGAGACUGUGGCCAAGUGGAUCGACCUGGGGCGUGUGGAUGUGAACGUUGCCGAUCGAGACGGAGACGUGCCGCUGUUGGUGGCAGCAAAGAAGAACCAAAUUGCCAUGCUGGAGCUGUUGCUGCAGUAUGGGGCUUGGGUGGAUGCCACGGAUGCGAACGGUUGGACAUCGUUGAUGGAGGCGGCAUUGCACGGCUUUGAAGAUGUGGUGCGGGUGCUACUCAAGUGGGGAAGUGACAAAUCGCUACGAAAUGCCGUAAGCGACACCUCUUUACUCUGGUUUGUACAAUAUCAUGUUGAGAAUUUAGAGUUUAGGAGGGGCUUCAUGCGCUAGACAUUGCCGUGCAAUAUGGGCAUGGACCAAUUGUGUUUCUUCUUUGUGACGGUCACGAUCCUGGGGUCGGCUUCUUUUGACGCGCUUGUGAUUUUUAGCAGGUUUUGUUCAGCAAAUGAAAGACACUUCCCGGUCGCUAUACGGUAUUGCAAUCACAAACGUCCAUUUGAGUUGGGAUGCGCAAUAUAUGAAAAAUUGAUACUACCAGCUACAUCAGCGGACGAGGUAAACUAGUACAGGUAUUAACGUUAAUAGUAAAGCAUUGCACUGUCAUGCA